AUGGUAAAAGUAGAACCCUCUGUAGAUGAACUGAUCGGGUUCCAAAUCCAAGUCAAUGUUCAAGAAGACACAUCCAUUUCACAUCCCGUCUGCUUCUUUGCAAAUCUCAGUGGCACAAACUGGACGCAGCUACCGAACAUACAUGAUAUUGAUUUCGUCUUUAACUGUGUGGAGUCCUCAGAGAUUGCCAAAGUGACUGUGUACGUCACUAGCAUUCCAAUGCCCAGCAAGAAGCACAAACGAAUCGCCGCUGAGCUGGUCAUGAUCCCAGGUUAUUCAUGGAGGCCAGAGAUUAGAAUAUGGACGACGCUUAGCCACAACAACUAUCAAGUCCACCUCUGGUUCUCUCCCUUGUAUCCAGGGGCUGAGUACCAUAAAGUACAGCUUCACAGUGAUCGCCAUGAAAACAGUACAGACCUACCAGCACCUUUAGGAAACUUCACCUUUGAAAAUGUGCCUUGUAAGAAGAAUUACAAAAUUCAAAUUAGACCAUAUGACAAUCAAAUGGCUUUAUUAGACCACUAUUUUUCAUCAAAGACUGUUGCAGUUGGAGACUGUGUGGCUACUGUCAGCCGUCAGCCAGAGCCGGUGGUGUCCAAGCUGGUCACCCUCGUCAGUAUUCCUGUUCUCCUGGUGGUGGUUGGCACCAUCACUGGUUUCUUUUUCUUCAGAAGAGAUAGUGUUGACUGUAAACUACGAAGACACUACAGCCCAGCAGAUAGCAGCGAAACAACCCCAAACAACGCAGACUGUACCAUAGUAUUACCUGUGUUUUGCGACGACAGUCUACAGCUCAGAAACGCUGUCCUCUGUUUGAAAAAUCUAAUACAUGCCAUCAGAGGAUGCAAGGCCCAGUUUGCAGAAGAAAACCUGAUGGAAGGUUUCUCAAGUGAUUAUCUGAAAUCUAACAGCUUCUAUCAAGUGGCAAUCAUAUCUAGCAAAAGCUUAAUUCAGAUCUAUGCUGCCCUUGAGAAAAAUCGAUCUCAAGUUCCCAGGCAUUUACAUGUUCAUAACAAUGAAAAUCUUUCUAGAGAAAGUCAGGCUUUCUUGAACUGUGUUUCGUCCUUGGAUAGUAUCCACACCGCAGUAGCCUCAAAUCAGCAACGAAUUAGGAAGCCCAUCCUUAUUUCAUUUUUCCCAGAUAUCGAGACAACUAUUUUAAAUCCAGACAUUCAAGAACAGUUUGUGUUGUCUGAUGUAGUUGAUAUGAAUGGCAAUGUCCAAUGUAUUAUUAGAGAUGCUGAAAUCCGUAAAUUGGUCAACUUUUUACAUGAUAACGACGAAACUCUACUUCAUGAGGAAUUUGCUUCCUCUAGGCCGGAAGCUCAGGACUUAUGUGAAGCGCUCCGUAAUUUGUAUAAAAUGGAAAUGAGAAACAUACCCAACAAAAGAUUAGAGGAGUCCAUUAAGACAUUUAUUGGGGAGGAUGAAAGUGAAAGGCGCUUGGUUAACAAUCGGGAGACGGUUAUGAACUAUUAUAUAUCAGCUCAUAGGGACAACAGGUGUAUUGAUGUUAAUCCUGCAGUUUGGCCAAUGUUGCAGCGUAACCCAAAAGAAACGGUGUUUGAUCCAUAUGACAUACAGUUCCACCAUCACACAUACAUGGAGGGCGAAUUAUCGCUUCCCAAUUCCAGGAUUCACCCUGACAGCGGAUAUGUUUCAUUGGUUCAGUCCGAUCAGGAGCGAUGCUUUUUCACUGUAGGUAAUGUAGCAGAUUUUAUCCCUCCCCUGGAGUCGGAUACUGACAGUGUCGACAAUCAAUCUCUUUGCCAAAAAAUGUUGGAGUUUAAUCAACGAAAUUUGACGAAGUGGAAUGCAGUUACCAGUUAGGUUGUUAUCAGUUCAGUCAUUAAAUGAUGACAUUUUGGUGGUUUUAGAGGUAAACU